GCAUGCUAAUGCAAUCUCAGUGAGCACUAAAACACAUCUUAAAAUUAGCUCAUUCCGACUGACAGGGCAACAGAAGGAGCAUAUCAUCUGAAUUUCCCCCUUUGGCGAUACCUGCUGAUUGGGUCCUUAAAAAGCCAACGGCUUUUAACUUUUAAUAUUUGGCUCUUCACUUCUGCACAGAGUACUAGGGAUAGAUUGGUUUUUUUCUCUCCCGGUCUUGGAGGAUUUAAAUAAAAUCAAUCAGUUUGUAAAAUCGUUUUAUUUUAUUUCUCCACUCUUGAGUUCCGAGCUGUCCGCGCGGAUGAGCGCGCGCGUUGGCUUUCUGCUGGAGAAGUUCUGCCAAACUUUAAGGAUGAUAUACCUUGGAUGCGUUCUGCUGCUCUGUGGGCUUAAGCAUGUUAUGGCAAGCUAUCCCAUCUGGUGGUCACUAGCAGUUGGCCACCAGUAUUCAUCAAUAGGUACCCAACCUAUCCUUUGUGGCAGUAUACCAGGUUUGGUGCCCAAGCAGCUGCGCUUCUGCCGGAACUACGUUGAAAUCAUGCCCAGCGUAGCCGAGGGGGUGAAGAUCGGCAUCCAAGAGUGCCAACAUCAGUUCAGAGGCCGGCGCUGGAACUGCACAACGGUCAACGACAAUUUGGCUAUCUUUGGGCCAGUCUUGGACAAAGCCACUCGAGAGUCUGCCUUUGUUCAUGCCAUUGCGUCAGCGGGGGUUGCUUUUGCUGUGACCCGGGCUUGCGCUGAUGGUUCAGCCACCAUCUGUGGAUGCGACGCACGUCACAAGGGACCCCCUGGAGAGGGCUGGAAAUGGGGUGGCUGCAGCGAAGAUGUUGAAUUCGGAAGCAUGGUGUCCCGUGAGUUUGCAGACGCGAGGGAGAACCGUCCGGAUGCACGCUCUGCCAUGAACCGCCACAACAACGAGGCAGGAAGAAUGUCCCUCAAUGACAACAUGUUCCUGAAGUGCAAGUGCCAUGGGCUCUCAGGCAGCUGUGAAGUCAAGACAUGCUGGUGGUCUCAACCAGACUUUCGGGUCAUUGGCGACUACAUGAAGGACAAAUAUGACAGCGCUUCUGAGAUGCUUGUGGAGAAACACAAGGAGUCCCGCGGCUGGGUGGAGACAUUGAGACCCAAGUACAACUACUUCAAGCCCCCCACAGAUCGUGAUCUGGUUUAUUACGAAAGCUCCCCCAAUUUCUGCGACCCCAACCCAGAGACAGGAUCCUUUGGUACCCGAGAUCGCAUCUGCAACCUGACAUCCCAUGGCAUAGACGGCUGUGAUCUACUAUGUUGCGGCAGAGGUCACAACACCAGGACUGAGAAGAGGAAGGAGAAGUGUCACUGCAUUUUCCAUUGGUGCUGCUAUGUCAGCUGCCAGGAAUGUGUAAGAGUCUAUGAUGUGCACACCUGCAAAUAAACAUGUAGAGGUUCUCAAAAAGCCAUAUCAGAACAUUUUAGAAGGCAGAGGAACAAAUACAGGUUUCUUCCUAGAAAACUUGUUUUGUUUAAACACUGACGACUGCCCUGGUGUUCUACGCUGGGAUGCUACAAAGAGCGAGUCUGUGCAAAUCAGCUCAACCUGAAAGCAUCAUUCAUAAAGUGGAGUGUCUAAGGCUAUGUUUUAAAGGUUUUGCAUGCUGAAGUUGGAACAAAAGAACUGUUGGCAAAAAAGCAAACACCAUAUUGGUGUUUUUGUCUUCUAUGUAAAUAGUAGCUAUUUUUGUUAAGAAUUAAACAGCACUGUCAUUGUUUCCCCUGACAUUUAAUCCUCUUUCAAUUUUGCCACAAAAAUACUUUAAUUUACCUUACAAGAAACUCAACAAGCAUGCAUUCCCUUCCUCUGUUUAUUUGUAUUUCUGCCUAUGUUUGAACUAACAUAAUCACAGUUUCAUAGUGUUAUUGAUAUUUAGUAAAGAAUGCACUUGCACCUCAGUGAAUGUAGCUAUUUACUGUAACAUGUUUACACAUCCUUAAGCUAACAUGUAAUUAUCUCAUUUAAACGAAUAACAUUAUCUAAGAGUAACCAGAGAAGCCAGACAUGGUUGAACACCAGAAAAAGACGAAACGUUCAACCCAUUCCAUUUACUUUUUUAUUGUGUAGAAUUCCUGCAAUGGGGUUCUGUAAAAAGCUUAUAUGCGGUUAUAUGCAAUUUAUUAUCUGCAGCACAUUACUCUCAUUGGCAUUUAAAACAUGAAAUGGUACGGAAGGCAAAAGUGAUUGGCUAAUCUCAGAGGAGCCAAGAAAAUAGUUGACUUUUCCCAUCUCAAAACAAAUCCAUAUUUAAAAGUGUCAUACUUGUCCAUGCAAUUUGCAGGUCAGUUGGUAUUUUGUUACUUUAAAAAUGCUUCACCUGUACAUGAUGUUGAUACAGAUGGACAUCCAGCCCCCUGUAUAAAGUCAAAUUUAAAAGAUAUUCCAAAUUUUUUUUUGGAACACUUUUGGUACAGUACAAAGUAAUUGUCUAUGAUGUUUCUUUGUUUCAUUUUAAAAUGAUUGUCUAUAGAAACUCAAACAUUUACUUUUACUCAAAUGCAAAGUAAAUGUAAGCAAAGAAUUUUGGCUAAAAGAUUGAUUUGUUAGAGAUUUUGGCUUCUGCAAAGAGACUGAAAAUAAAUAGAAAAAAAAGAUUAUUUUCUUGAAGUUUCUUUUAGUAAAGCUUAUAUUAUAACUUAUCUUCGUUUGUUUUUCAACAAAUUUCCAUCCACUUUUUUAUAUCAUUUUCAAUACAGAAAAAAUGCUUUGCACAUGAGUUAUUCACACAUUAAAUAAAUAUAUAUACAUAUAUUUAAGUAAAACCACUGUAACAUUUCUGCUGCUUCCAAUGCUUAACCUGUUGUUUCACCAACUUACAGUUGGUAAUUGGUUCUGUUCUCAGUAUGAUUUUCACACAGGAACAUUUUGGAUGUCUACUUAGUAUCUCCAUUUUCAUUGUAAAUAACCACUGGCUUCUCUGCAAUUUUUAAAAAUAACGAUAGCCUUUGAUAGUGUUUCAAAUUCAGUUAAUUAAUUUUUGUUCAUCUAUAAUGUUGAUAAGAUCCUAGUCAAAACAGGCUAAUAAAAGCCGAUCAUAUAGGUAAAAGUCUCAGAAUUGUAUUGAACUGCUGACUUUGCAGCAUUUUUUGGAUCAACUUGUUAACCUUGCAGCAGUCUUUCAUUGUGAGAAGGCACUGUGUGACAAUGGAAAAGAAAAACUCCUUUUUACAGGAGAAACCUGCACCAGUACCUGAUUCAUUAGAAGCAGUUAUUUGCCAUAUAUGACUGUGUAUGAGAAGCCAGACCAGACACACUAAGGUUAUGGACCAUGAACACACAUAUUAAAGAGAAAUAAAGAACAAAAGUCUGAAUAUCAAGCUAUAUUUUAUUCUUUAAAAUUAUGUUUAGCUUAAAAAGAGGGGUGUCCACUUUUUAUCUCCUUUGUGUAUUAACCGUUAGAUAUAAAUAAAUGCGCUGAGUCAUUUGCUCAUGAAAGACAGAUUUUAUUCAAAGUCCGAUACUGAAAUCUUUCUGUAAAAUCUAGAAAAGGCUAUACUUUUAAACACAUUGGUGUCCAAAAGAAAAAUAAAAUAAAAUUGUAAUCAAAUAUCUAUAGCUAAGACUUCGAGGUCAGCUGAGAAAUAUGAAGUGCUCUCUACCUGAUUCUGAUGAUAUUAGUAAAGUCCCAUGUUAUCCAAUGUGGACAUUACUGUUAUUUGUGAAAGAGACCUGUCUUGUUAUGUAUAGUUAUGACUUUAAUCAAUCAGAAGGUUACGCUGCAGCAAUAUUAGAUAAAGAUAACAAAAGGGAUGAAUAAGGAUGUUUUAUAAGCUCUUUGUAUUGCAUUUGCUAUAGAAAAAUGACCAAAACCUUUUUUUUCAAUGAUUCCAAGCUAUGGCUUCCUGUUCCGCAAAACUAAGUAAAGAGCAGCACCAGUGAAGCUAACAACACUCCCUUAUUAUAAUGCUGCUAAGGUAUCAUAAGUUCAAGUGUUUGUUUUUCAACUUACAUAUUUGUUCCUGUGUGAUAAUGUUAUUAUAUGCAUAUUGUGAUUCUUUCCGUGAAAGAUACUUUUUAUUGUAGUUGGUAAAAAUGUGAAAAACGUGUUUUACAAAUCUUUGCUCAAAGUUAUACAGAUUUAUCUUAAUAGAGUAAUAUAGAGUUAGCUAGGGUUUUUUUUUUUUUUUUUUGAUUGUCUGGAAGUUCAUUGUCAUGCUAACUAUUAAGUCAAUGAGGUGGCAUAGAUGGACAAAAGCACAUCAAUAUAGGGCUGAAUUCAAAUGCACAAGAGAAAUAAAGCACAAGAAUUAACAGCCAAACAAAGAAAAAAAAACAUUUAAGACAGCAGAACAGGAUAUUUAAUAAAUGACAACUAACUUAACAUUAAAUAUGGCAUCAUAUAUGAAAUGUUUAGCCUAUGAUAUACAUAUAAAUAAAACAUAAGUGGAAUUCCUAAGAUUAUUAAUCUCCAUAGCUCCUUCAAAAACCUAAUUACCAAGAUGAAAAAAAUGAUAAGUAAUGGCACAUAGAAAUUAGUAUGAAGUAUGAAACAGAUAAAGAGGUGAAUGAAUAAAGAGCCUAGCAGAACAUUAAACAGUUCAAAUUAUUCAACAAAAGACAUUUCAGAUUUUUUAUUUGUUAAUUUUUUUACUACUUAUUAGGUUUUACAUUUGUAUUUUCUGUCCUAUUUCAUCAACUGUCUAACCUGUUCUGAAUAUAUUUUGUAAGAUUUUGCUGUCUUCUGUUUUUAUUAUUUAUGUGUUUGAGUUUAGCUGUAUUUUGUUGUGUUUUCCUUCUCAUCACAUGUAAAGCAGAUCCAUAGACAUGAUCUUCUUUGAUUGGAGAAGAAACACAGGCUAAUGUGUAUUAUCUGGGAUGACCAGUGAAUACCUAAAUGAAUGCUGAGACACAGAGCUACAUAUUUACUGUUUCACUGAUUCUAGUUUCUGAGCUGUGGUGAAAGAAGUAAAAUCUCUAAGAAAUUAUGUUUAAUAAACUGUUUACAGUGUGAUACUACUGUUUAUCUCAGGCUUAUAUUCAGCUUUUGAUAGAACUGAAAAUAUAACUAACCAGCUAUAAUCAGUUGUACUCUGAAAUCAUUCUUAAUCAACAAAGGAGCAACCAUCAUUAUCUAAAAUUGUUUAUGGCAUUGAGUACAAUACACUUUAUAUGUGAGAGAGGGGGGUUCUGUUGUAUUUUCUGUCUUUUAAGUCCAAAGUUUUGUACAAAUUAGUUAUUGGUUUUAAUGGAUUUCUAAGAUUUGAUGUUUUUUUAUAAUUAUUUAUUACAUUAUCAUGUACAUAUUAGUGAGUAAUCGUAUGUAUUUACAGAAAUGUUUUUUGAAGCAGUGUUGCGACUCUGUAGCCUUUUUACCUCAUUUUGUUUUUCCACUUACAGGUGUUGAUCCUAGUGCCUGUGAUAGAUUUCUAAAAGUUAACUCUGUAACAUUAAAAUUAAAAAAAGGCUGAAAUCUCUGACUUUUUUUUUAUAUUAAAUCAAAAAAGAAAUCAGAAGUCUUAUUUAUAAGACAUUGCAUAGAAUCCAUACUAAAGUUGAACUUCACUAAACAAGUGAUUUUGACUGUUGCAUGACAGUUUUUGUUUUUUUCUUACCGGAGAGAUUUAUCCAGGUCUAAAAAUAGAUGCCAUGGAUGUUGAUGAUUUACUUGCAUAUUUAACCAUAUGCGGUAUUUAGCUAAAGAUUAGCUUGAAAUGUUGAGACUUUGUUUCCUCAGUGGUGGCUGUGGGGUAAGUUGAGCCAAGUGCCUUAGGGUAAGUUGAGUCAUUAGUUAAUUUCCAAAAGUGAAUUUCUCCAAACGUUAAUUUCGUUGGCGUAUUCAAUGAUAACAGUAAAUUACCUGCACUUAUAUGGCACUUUAUCAAGUCCAAGGACUCUGAAGUUCUUUACACUUCAUUCAGUCAUUCACACACUGAUGGUAGAAAGCUAUACUGUACCCACCACAGAUCUGGGUCAGACUGUUCCACCUGGUCUCAGCAGUUGUUUUCAUCGGGUUCUGUCUUCUGCACUGAAUCAUCCUUCGCCAUCAUGUGUCUCCUGAUGUCCUGUUACUGAUUUAGCCCUCACCAAAACAAAUCUUGACAGACUGACAUAAAUGUGGCCAUCAUAUAUUUGGUCUCUCUGCACCAAAACAGCAGGUAAGGCAGGGGAAGUGUCUUGCCAAGGACACACUGACAUAGCCAGGUGGAGCAGUGGCUCAACUAGGCAUAGACCAUUACAUUGGAUUGGUUAAGAAUAUUGAGGGCAAAGAAAGGAGUGCAAAAUUAAAUUUAAGAAUCAGAGGGAACUCUAUGAAAGAGACCCCAACUUUUGCUUUCAAGGAAAAUUGUGAGCCUUUUUUAAUUAUUUUUUUUAUUUUAUUUAGUUAUUAAUUUUGUAUUUCCAUCUUGAGGAAUGUAAUGUGAAGUCUCAGUUGUGUAGAAAACUUCUCUGUUCUUUUCAUAAGGUUAGAACAGUUGUUACAGGUUUACUGUUUGAUAAUGUUCAGUCAUUGCAUUAUUUUUGUAAAAUGUAAAAAAUAAUGUAAGUUAUGUAUUACAUUUUGUGCAGCCUCGUACCAAAUGAAGCAUGGACCGGUGCAAGCAUAUAUCACCCUACAGUUUCAUAUCUGAUAUCUGAUCUAGAUAUAACAUUUCCUAAGUGAAGUCAGAGUAAUUGAGAGGAGUAAUGCAAUCUAGCUAGAAUUCAUCAACCUUCGGUUUUAACAAUUUCUCAUGUCUUUAGAAUUUGCAUAGCCUAUGGUGUUGGUGUGAAGGAUAGCACAUUUUCAUGCCGGGUUUGUUUAUAAUAGACCACAGCUUCUGCAUAAAAAGGGGCAUAGGCCAUUAAUACAGGCAUACGCUCCUUAUACUUUAAGUGUUGCUAAAGUUUUCACCUUACUUAUCUUUACCAAACUUUUUAUAACAUAAAUAAUCCCUAUUAUUUGAAGA